AACGAGGAGGCGAGGAAGGAGGGAGGGAAACAAGUGGCACGGAGGUGAGCUGAAAAGAGAUAGGAAAGAAGAGGAAUUUUCUCCGCGAGCGAGCGCGCGCGCGCACGCUCGCCUACACCCAAGUAUGCUGUGGAGUGACGAAGCGGCGUCGCGGAUUUCACGGAUCGAUCGGCCGAUCGAAUUUUCUAAAUAGGAUACGCGCCGCCCCGCGUGUGUGUGUACCAUAUGUGUACGGGCGCGCGUGUGUGCCUCGUAAUUGCUACACGGAAGAAGAAUCGUCGUCGACGUCGUCCCCGCCCGGCCAGGCCGGGCCGGUGAAUCGAAUCGCCGCGCCGGUGCCGGUGGAUCGACCGCCCGCGCCGUCUGCCGCGGGAAAACUUCAGAUCCGGUUCGCUUUCCACGGCUGACGUCAUUACCGUUCACAAUGCGCUAGGGGUGAUGGAGACAGUGGGCAAGCAAGUUCAGGUAGUGAGUGGACUGGGGGUGGGGGGUCCGGUGGGCCCUGUGGGCCCAGUGGGGGGAGAUCUGCAUCACCAUCAUCAUCCACACCCGCACGCCCUUCCUCCGCACCCACACUCCCACCCCCACGGUCACCCCCAUGGGUCCCACGGCCACUCGCUCGCGACGUCGAACCCCGGCAGAGGUCAGCCUCAACCACCGACCUCGCAUAACCAGCACGUACCUGCGAGGUCCACUCCCGUACAGCUGCAUAGACCGACGCAAAAUUAUGUCAACAUCAAGAGCAGUAGCCCGGUAUCUCCGAGGACGAUAGGAACGGGAGCGACGUACGUGCAGGGUGGUGCAGCCGCAUCAUACUUCAAUAUUGAGCUGAAUCGCGUGGCUAGGUCAUUUUCGUUCCUUUGUUGA